AUGCUUAGUUCCGCUGGGUUCAUGCUGAAGAAGUGGGCGUCGAAUGCCCACGAAGUGCUAGAGGGUGUCCCACCAGAGGAUCUUGCAAUUCAGCCUAUCCAUGAUCUACAGGAUGAGCAGACAAUCUCCACACUUGGUCUACUUUGGGAGCCAACCGCCGAUAUGCUACGGUUCAAGGUUGAAUUACCUCUUCCUGCUGCCAUCCUUACAAAGCGGAAAGUGAUGUCGUAUAUAGCUCAAAUAUUCGACCCACUGGGAUUAUUGGGUCCAACGACAACCAAGGCAAAGCUCUUCAUGCAACAUUUGUGGACGUUGAAGCGCAAUGGUGUUUCCUGUGAAUGGGAUUCUCCACUACCAGAGAAACUUCAAGCCGAUUGGAAGCAGUUUCACUCUACCCUCCACAUUCUCGCUGAUAUCCGUAUUCCUCGAUUGGUGUUGGCUUCCGGAGUCAACAAUAUCCAGCUGCAUUUCUUCGCCGAUGCAUCCUCCAUUGCAUACGCUACUCAACUUUACAAGAAAGUAGAAGCGACCUUGAAGGUUUCAGCAACGGCAUUCUUUUGGUCGGAUUCCAGUACCGUGCUUCAGUGGUUGCGUGCAUCUCCAAAUCGCUGGAAGACAUUCGUCGCCAAUCGCGUGUCUAAAAUCCAGACCACCACGGAUAUCAAUCACUGGAGACACAUCGCAGGCUUAGAGAAUCCUGCGGACGAUAUUUCUCGUGGCCUAAAUCCAACGGAUAUUCUGCACCGUUAUCGGUGGUGGCAUGGCCCACCAUGGUUGUCUCAAACUCGCGAUCUCUGGCCCAGGACCAUCAUCGAUCAGGAGUACUCCCCCGCAGCGUCCGAAGAAGGGCGCAAAAUUCCGAUUGUUGCAAUGACUGCUGCACAAGCAACUCUCUGUGAGGAUUUGUUCGCACGGUACUCCAGCUACAGCAAACUACGCCGAGUCUUGGCAUUCUGCGAACGCUACCUACAGUGCCUGAAAGAUCGUUCUCUCCUGCGCAAAUCCUAUCCCAGUUUCGCUGAACUAGUAGUUCAAGGAGAUAAAGCCGCAUCCGUUUCACGAGUUACCACCACCGAGCUUCAACACGCCGAACAGCUACUGUGCCGUUUAUCACAACGCAAGGCUUUCGCUGAGGAGCUCUCCGAUCUUGCAAAUGGCGAACGCGUCAUUAAGUCAUCUUCACUCAAAUGGCUGAACCCGUUCGUAGACCAAAACGGUAUCAUCCGCGUCGGUGGUCGUAUCCGUAACGCCACGUUAUCCGACGCAAUCAAACACCCGAUCGUUCUGUCCGCUAAACAUCCGCUGUCUGCUCUGUUGGCUAGCAGUUACCACCAAAAGCUACUGCAUGCAGGUCCACAACUCCUGCUAGCCACUCUCCGCCAGAAGUUUUGGAUUCUGGGCGGCAGAAACCUCAUAAAAUCCGUCUUCCACCAAUGCCACACUUGUUUUAGAAGCAAGCCAACUCUAGUCCAGCAGAGCACAGCCGAUCUGCCGGUAUCGCGAGUUUCGCCGACGCGUCCGUUUUCCGUGUGCGGUAUCGACUACUGUGAACCGUUCUACAUCAAGUCAGCAGUUCGAAAGCGUGGUCCUACAAAAAUCUACGUGGCCAUAUUCGUUUGCUUCUCAAAGCUGUUCACAUCGAGUUAG